AUUUCCAUAUUAGGUCAGAAAGGCUCGGAAGGAACAGACACAACUAAAGCUGCAGAGCUUUGUGCCGCUCUGUUGUGCAAUUCGGUGAGAGGUGUUUCACGUCUUUACUGACCGUGAUUUUGCAGAUUUGCAGCAAAGAUGGGCUUCAUUCGCCUGGUUACAGUCAUCUUAAGUGUUCUUCUCGCUGUAGUUUUAAGUCCAUCAGCAGUUGGAGAUGACACAAACUGCUGUAGCCAGUUGAACAUCCCUUCAGAAUGCCAUUUUCUUUGUGGUGUUGGGAGUCAGCCAUUUUGGACAAUAACAAGGUGGAAGUGUACACAUCAGUACUAUGCUAAAGUGGCAACAUGUAAAGUCAAGAACAAGAUCAAUUAUGUGAAGCUGUUUGGCCAAGAGCUUACUCAGUCGAUAAAGGACAGCUUUGAAAAGCUCUCUGCGGAGCUCCAGAAAAAAUUAUCAGAUGCAAAAGAGUUUGCAAAAGCCACAAUUGAGGAGCUCAAGCAAGUUCCACAGGACUUGCUCUCAUCAUUGAAGGAGAGUUUAAGUGGCAUGACAAAUGGUCAGUUCAGUGGAAUUAUUGAUCGACUCACCACAUUCACGUCACAGAAUUUAAAGAAGCUUAUCUCACACAUGAACCUAGAUGCAUUUUUUGCUAAUGUGGAUAAAGUUGCUAGCAAGGUGUGGGAUCGUGAGCAAAUGGCUGCCCUGAACCAAGCUGCAUAUCGGAAAUAUGGUAGCAGCAUUAGUCAGUGGCCUGUCAAGGCCCUAGAAACUUUAAAGCAGUUACUGGCUGGCUUUGAACCUAGUGAACUAGCCAAGCUGGUUGGGGAUGUCUUUGAUCAGGGUGUUGAUCACAUUUGCUUGGCAAAAUUUGAUCGAGAUCAGAAGACUGCCCUUAUGAUCCCUGCUAAAAAGGCUUUUGGAGAUGUUGAUGACUGGGAUGAAAAAGUGCUCGGACGAUUGUGUAAUCUGCUGGAGGCACUGCCUGUUAGGGAUAUAUUGAAGCUAGCAUCCGAUGUGGUGACCAAGGCCAUUGACUCACUGGUAAAAAAUGACUUCACUAUCCCUCAAGCUAAAGCCAUUAUUGCCAAGCUGAAGGAACAGUGGAAAGAGGUAAAGACAUGGAGUGCUCCACAGUUACAAAAAGUUGGAAAACUGUUGAAAGACUUCAGUGUGGAAGAUCUGAAGUACUUGUCAAAGGAACAGUUUCAGGCCAUUGCGGACGUUGUCAGUAAGCUAAAGCUGGAUGCAGGACAGCUGAGAGUGUUAGCAGCAAAAGCAAAGGAACUGCUUGGUUCCCCAGACAAGUGGAACAAGGACAACAUCAAGGAACUUGGAAAUAUAGUUGCAGGGCUUCUACCAUCUGAACUCAAACAGAUUGGAGAACAAGUUAUUAAGGAUUCUUUACAAGCUUUGAAAGAGGUUGACUUUAGUUUGGAUCAGGCUCAAGAGAUUGUGGAAAAGCUGAAAAGUUCCAUUGAUCUGUCCCAGCUGAAGAAGGAGGAUGUUAUUGCUCUUGCCAAAUCUAUUGACGGCUUCUUGUCAUCAGAUGUCGGCAAGAUGGCUCAAGCGGCGGUCUUUGCUGCUUUCCCUGAAAUGAAGAUUGCUAAAGAUGUUGCCAUCCCAGUUUUAAGACAAUUUAUUAAAAAGUAUGAGGAAAACCCGUCCGCUGGUAAAAACAUUGCACAGCUGGGUGAGUUUGCUGUUGCUCUGAGCCGCGGAGAGGUGAAUGCUGAAAACGUCGAUGAUGUGAUUGCUAACCUGGAUCAAUUGGGGCUUAUACCUUGGGACAAAACUCAGGUCCUAACUCUUGCCAAGAAGAUUAGCACAAAGUGGGGCGACUUCAACACUACUGAUGCCGAUGAUUCUGACUCACCAAACUGGGGAUUUUUGAACAUGAAGAAGCUUGGACGCAUUGUUCUUGGUAUUGCUAAGGAACAACUGCGUGAUUUACCCAUCCGGGGAAUUGAAGACGUCAUCGACGUGUUAGGACGGGAGAAAGACUGGGACCGAGGACAAAUUGUAAUGGUAUUAACUCGGCUGCGUGAAUACUGGGAAAUGGAGAACCUUGAUUUCUCGAACUUCACUGAAGUUGACAUCGAUUCACUUGGUACUUUUCUGCGAGGGCUUGCACAGGACGAGCUGAAGAAACUACCCGAAAAAAUCCUACUCACUGCCAUCCGCCGACUGGGAGAGGAAACCGGGUUACCAGAGGAUAAGCUUAAGGCAAGGGCUUACUUGGCCGUGGAGCUCUUUAAGAAUCAGACAGGGGUUGAUAUACUGAAUUCUUCACAUAUUGAAGACCUUGGAUCGUUAGUGGCCGGUCUCGAUAGGAAAACCUUACGAAAGAUAGCGAAAGAUGCGUUUAUUGACAACCUCUACAACAUCGCUCGAGCGAAGGGAUACGACUUGAAGAAACUGGAGGAGAUAGCAAAGUUGGCAAAACAACACUUUGACAAGAGUGAUGUUGCUGAGUGGAUUGGUGACGAGUGGCGCGAUCUCGGGCCGGCUGCAUUAGGCCUGGAUCCAAGCGACCUUGAACGUAUUAAUCUGGACUCCCUGGAAGAAAUGCUUGACGAAUUCGGCACAUUCAACUUUAGCAAGUCCCAAGCCAACUCUCUUGUAGAGGCGGCGAAGAAGGCUUGGGACGAGAGUGAUGCAGGGAAGUGGACUGGGGAGAAGUUGCGUCAGCUUGGCUCACUGGUGAAGGGACUGGAUACAACUGACAUCAAGAAGCUUGGGAAAGAAGCUUUUGAAGAGGCCGUUGGGGUCUGGGGAAAAUAUCUAGACGUUGACAUGGAAACGCUGGAAGCCUUAGCGGAAAAGGCGAAGGAAUAUCUGACUAAUGGAGACAUCUCUAAGCUCACGGCACAACUGGCCAAGAGGAUUGGACGCGUGGUACUGGGGCUGACACCCGACGACUUGGACAAACUGAAACUUGACAACAUUGAUAUGAUUGCCGCCCUUGGAAAAUGGAAGGAAUGGAGUAACGAUCAGUUGGAUCGUCUCAAACCAAAAGUCCGGGAAUUCUUGAAGCAGAAUAAGGACGAUGAUGCUUUCAUGAGCCUGGGACAAUUAGCUCUGAGCUUAACUAAGGACGAUAUCGCCAAGAUGUCCCAGAAAGCCUUCAGACUCGCAGUUAAACAACUGAGCGAGAUCGAGGGCUGGUCCGAUGAACAGCUGAAGGCAAUCAUUGCCAAAGCUAAAACAGUGUGGGCUCAGGCGGCCAAUCAGUGGGAUAAGGACCAAGUUAGUGAACUUGGAAAAACACUCAAGGCGCUAUCCACAGCUGACAUUCCUAAGCUGAAGACUCAAGUGGUUGAUGUUAUUCCACCAGAAGUGAUCGAGGACAUGAGUGUCUCCCAGCUUCAGGCCUUUUCAGCGGAUCAGUACAAGGCUAUGCAAGCUCCUCAAGUCCAGGCCAUCAGCUCAGCCAAAAAGGGAAGUCUGUCAAUGGCUCAGCUAGCCGCCAUUAAGAGUGUUAUCGAUAGUGACCCGGAUGAAGAGGAUCCUUGGGGCCCGGAUGAAGAUGAUGACGACGAUGAUUGUUCAGGAAAUACGUGCUCCAGUUCCAGUCACGUGACAGUUACCUUUACCAGCAUGAUGGUUGCUCCAGUAGGAAUGUUGAUGCGCUGAACCCCUAUGAACUCUUACUCGAUGUUUGCGGUGUCGUGACGGUGUGAAAAAUAAUUCUUACGCGAAGAAACCAUUUCAAUUCCAUGGUAGUGUGGUUUCUGUAGAAUAAUUAAACAGUUUUAGUAAUUUGUCUGACGAAUUGUAAGGAAACUGUCGGGAAAGGAUUAUUCAUAGGAGACAGGACUUUACACUAUAUUCAAAAAAUUUGAUUAUGAUUUUACAUGUUAUUUAUAGAUUCGGAACUGAAAGAAUGAAACACAAUGCAGUAUUUUUUAUAUUACAGACUCUAGGGUACACAUAUGAUACACGCCACGGAUUUUUUUUUUUAUUUCACUCAAGAAUAAAUAUUAAAUAAACAGCAAGUUGACGAAA